AUGAGGAGGACCAGACUCUGGGGGCUGCUUUGGAUGUCCUUCUUCUUAGAACUCCAAGAUGUAGCUAAAUCAGAGGAGGACACGUAUGAACGAACAGAGGGGCAGACCCUGAGCGUGAUCUGUCCCUUCCAUACCACGGAGUACUCCAACAGCCGGAAGGCAUGGCAGAGGCUGAGAGAUGGAGAGGAGCCUGAGACACUGAUAAAGACAGAGAGCACCUCAGGGGAGAACAGUCAAGUCCGGAGCGGGAGGUACUUCCUAGAAGACAUCCCCGUUGAAGGCAUGCUGGUUGUCCAAAUGACUGACCUUCGACAGGAGGACUCAGGAUUAUAUCAGUGUGUGAUCUACCAGCCUCCCAAAAAACCCUAUAGGUUGUUCAGUCUUGUCCGCCUGGUGGUGAGAAAGGAUGGUGCCUCAGCCAGUAAUUCCACCCAGAACUUGCCUGAGAUUACCACCCUUUCUCCUAUCACCACCAAGGCCCGAGGCAAGCUUCGUAUCAGCCCCAGCACUGUGACUCAACUCUUGCCCAUAUCAACUGUCAGCCUCUCCUCUCCUGGCCUGGGAGUCAACCCCCCACAGAGCACAGAUGUCAUCAGGAUCUCGCCGAUCAGCAUCAUCGCUAUUGUGGUGUGUGGAAUCCUGAUCAAGAGCCUGGUCUUCACUGUCCUGUUGGUUGUCACACAGAGGUCAUUUGGACCCUAG